CCACCACUGAUUAUAUGGUUUGAAUGAAAACUCCAGAGCUUUGAUCAUAAAACUAAGCAUUUAAUAUCAACACAUUAUUGGGAGAUGAUCAACAGUGAUAACUGUUAUUUAUGAUCUCGUUGAUUUACAUAACAAGCUAUCAGAAUUUAAUCUUAGUUUAUGGCCAUAUAAAUAUCAGCAAAUGCACCAAAUUGCAUAUUUUCCCUCAGUUUGGGCCUCUGAAUAAAACUGAGAUGUUUUUUUCCUCCUUGAAUAUGAGCUCUAAAUUCUUCUAUAUCAUAAUACAUGAACCAUACAAUCCUGAUGUAUCAAAUAUGAUAUUCAACAAAAACACCUGCAAACUUUUUUUUUUGUUUGUUUAAAUUUUGUCUAAAGGUUCAAUAAACUGUUCCAUCUAUAUAAAAAAAAUAUUUUUCUGACUAUUAUUUCAUGUGUCAAGAUUUACAGGGUUAAGAAAUAAACUCCACAGUCCCAUGUUCUUUUCUUUCUCCCUAUAAUUUCAUACUAUACUAUGGAUAAAAAUAUCAAAAAUGAAAAACACACACGCUUAGGAAGCCAGUGCUUAACUUUCAUGAUUUUCCCAAGGACAUUUUUCUGGAUCAGCAUGUUUUUUAGGGCUGGAACAGCAUUCCUAUCAACCGAUCGGAUUACUGGGUUGGAUUAAGCUUUAACAACAUUAUUUUCCACCAAUCACUUGCUUUUACAAGUAGGCUAGGGUUAGGAUAUGGUGUAUGAUUGCUUGAUAGGAAUAUCGUGUCUAGGAAUGACAAAGGAUGCUGAUCCAGGAACACAUCUAAAUUGAAUCCUGCUGGUUUGAACCAAGAAUUUCUAUAAUACUUCUAAAUACACCAGGCCAAGACCAAGUGUGGGAGGGAGGAGACACAGGUGCAGCGCGCAGAUCUAGAAUCUGGUGAGACGCAGGAAAGCUCCAGCAAGGAUUUCUCAGCACCUCAGUCACCUACACCCCAAGGGAGCAUUUCCACAAACGCCAUACCACAGCCUGAACCCAUGAAGGAGAGGAUUAGGUGGCCAAAGAUGUCUGAUAUCAAGGAGUGGGCCAGCUUCGAUGAAGACUUGAACAGAAUCCUUGAAGUCACGUCAGUGGGCACAGCUGAGCGGAAAGUGAACACCCUCACGAAAAUCAUGUAUAAUCUAGCAAAGGAAUGAUUUGGCACGAUAGAGAGGAAGGGCAACAUCAAGGCAGGGAAGCAACUGAACAGAAGAGAGAGGGAAAUUUACAGCCUAAGGAAAGAAAUCAAGAGCCCUAACAAGAGGUACAAAGCAAGCAGCAUGGAGGAAAAGGAAGGGUUAAAGGAACUCACUAGCUGGCUUCGGGAGCACCUUAGGAGACUAAGAAGGGCGGAAAGGAUGAGGAAACUGAGCAAAGAGAAGGAGAAGUGGAGGGCCCAGUUCAUAAAGGAUCCCUACAACUUCACCAGGUCUCUACUGGGAGAAGCUAAAUCUGGGAGUCUGAAUAGCCCUAAAGAGGAGGUGGAGGCAUCUCUCAAGGAGACGCACAGUGACCCAAACAGUCGUCUUCCCCUAGACGAAAAUCAAGAAAUUGAUAUGGCAGAGCCCCCCACCAUUAUGCUCAACAUCAACAGGAAGUGGUUAAAAAGGCACGAGCGGCUUAAGCCCCAGGUCCCAGUGGUAUACCCUAUAGGGUGUACAAGAAGUUCCCACAGCUUCUCCGGCGGUUGUGGAAGCUGCUCCAGAGGAUCUGGAAGAAAGGCACCGUUCCACCAAGCUGGCAAAAGGCAGAAGGAUGCUUUGUCCUCAAAGAGGAAGCCUCAGCGAGCAUAAGCCAAUUUAGGACCAUCUCCCUACUCAGUGCUGAAUGCAAAGUCUUCUUCUCAGUGCUGGCAAAGAGGAUGUCUACGUACAUGAUCGAGAAUGUCAACACCUCAAUCCAAAAGGGUGGGAUUCCAGGAUUUGCGGGAUGCCUGGAAAACACAGGAGUCCUAAACCAGAUGAUACAUGAGGCCAGGGCGAAGAAAGGUGACAUGACAGUUGUCUGGCUGGACUUGGCUAACACCUACAGGUUUAUUCCCCACGAUCUAAUCAGGACAGCUCUGAAGUACUACCAUAUCCCAGAUCACAUCAAGGUGAUGAUCAGCAGCUACCUGGAUGGAAUCAAGCUCUGUUUUAAAACGAAGGACUACAUCAAACAGUGGCAGCACCUCGAGAGAGGGACUGUCACAGGAUGUACAGUCUCCCCCACCCUGUUCAUCAUGGGCAUGAACCUCAUCAUCAAAGCAGGAGAAAAGGAAACCAGAGGCCCAAUGAUGGACUCAGGGAUCCGGCAACCAGCUAUCAGGGGUUAUACAUCUUACAAUCUUACAAUCACAACAUCAUCCCAUGUACAGGCUAGGUGGGUUCUAACAAAGCUUGAUGAGGCGGCAAAGUGGGCCAGAAUGACUUUUAAGCCAAGAAAAUCAAGGAUCUUGGUCAUUAGGAAGGGUAACAUCUCCUUCAAGUACAAUCUGGUCAUACAAGGCGAGAUCAUCCCUUCCAUCAAAGACAAUCCCAUCAAAUAUCUGGGAAAGUGGUACGAUGAGUCAUUUAAGGGACCACAACAAUGUCCGCAGCACUGAGAAGCAAGCAGAGGGUUGGCUGAAGAAAACUGAUGUAUCAGGACUCUCAGGGAAGUUUAAAGCAUGGCUUUAUCAACAUAGCCUGCUCCCCAGACUGAUGUGGCUGAUGACAGUGUAUGAGGUCCCACUUACAGCAGUGGAAGGAGUGGAACUUAAGAUCAACUCACACCUCAGAAGGUGGCUGGGAAUCCCUCCAGGCUUCACAUCAGUCGGGCUGUACAUCAGAUCUGGGCAAUUACAACUACCCUUCUCUUCCCUGGUUGAGGAGUUCCAAGUAGCGAAGUGCAGGGUGGCCAUGACCUUCAGGGACUCAAGAGACAACAAGGUCGGAGAAGCUGGUAUAAAAACCAGGUCAGGACGAAAGUGGGAGGCCUCAGCAUCUCUGGCCCUAGCAGAAAGGAACUUCAAAGACAUCAUCGGAGCACCAUGCACGGGAAGGCAAGGCCUGGGAAUGAUCCACUUUCAAGAGUGGGGGAAAGCCAACCCUGUGGAGAGGAGAGCCAUGGUCCAGGCUGUAGUAAGGGGCCUAGAGGAAGAGCGGAGCAAGGCAAAGGUUGUGGGGCUAGGACCCCAGGGAGCCUGGACAAGGUGGGAUCUCCCCAAGAGGAAGGUGACAUGGGCUGACCUUUGGAGGCUCGAGCCAUGUCAGAUCUCCUUCUUGCUUAGGGCCUUCUAUGACACCCUUCCAACCCCUGUGAAUCUACACAGAUGGGGGAUGAGGGACGACCCAACAUGCAAGCUCUGCAGGCAAAAGGGAACGAUGGCACACAUCUUGUCAGGAUGUAAGACCACGCUUGCCCAGGGCAGAUACAGAUGGCGCCAUGACAAAGUACUGACUACUAGCUGACAUCCUAGAGCAGGAGAGGACCAGGAAAUGGCAACAUAAGAGCAAGCCACCAUCUGGUAUAACAUUCGUCAAGGAGGGGACAAAGCCACCAGGGCCCAAUAAAUCCAGGGUAAGCUUCCUGCAGUCUGCAGUCUGCAGACCCGCCCUGAGUGAGCUGUCAUCAGUCCGCCAUUGUGUCGACUCCGGUGCAGGGGAAGACAAGAUGUCUCCGAUUAAGCGAUUGAGGUGCUUUGUUGUUGGAUGUAAUAAUGAAUAUAGCAGUCGUCAUUUACUCCCCUACAUCUGAGCCUCUGAAGAUGCAGAGGAUUAACAUUACUUUCACUUUGAAGUGAAUGCACUGAUCCCCAAUCUGCCUAAAUGCAUCUAUGUUUGCGCGAAUCAUUCGUGAUCCUGCCUCACCUACAGAAAAGGAAAGAAGAUCAUCCUAGUGGAGCUUACAGUGCUGUGGGAAGAGGGAUGGGAGGAGGCAUUUGAAAGGAAGUCUGAAUGCUAUAAAGACCUGAUGCAGAACUGCAGGGACAAAGGCUGGCAGACAUGGUUGUACCCAGUCGAGGUGGGAUGCAGGGGCUUCCCAGCCCAGUCAGCCUGGAAGCUGAUGACAGACGUUGGACUGAGGGGGACUAAGAGAAGAAGGCAGUACAAAGACUGGGAGAGGCAGCAGAGAGAGCCUCUUGUUGGAUUUGGAGCAGAAGGGAGGAGUUGAGCUGGCGGCCAGGAGGGAGUGAGUAGUGGCUGGCCACCACUGCUGACCCGCCAACAGGAGAGUGUUAUGGUUAAGGGUCGAAACACUUCAGGAUCGUUGAUAACCAUCUGAUGACACAACCUCCUGGCUAAAGGCUCCAUUCAUUGCAAAAUGACUGAAGGAGAAGCAUCCAAAGAUGUAUGUUACUACUAUAAUACUAUAAUACUCUCUAGUCUCUAUAAUAACUUCUAAAGUGGCUCAUUGGUAAGACAUCUACACUUUUAAAAAUAAAGGUUCUCUAUUGGCAUUGAGGGUUCCAUGAAGAACCUUUAACAUCAGUGGAACCUUUUAAAUACACAAAAGGUUCUUUAUAGUGGGAAACAAUUCUUUAGAUUUUUCAAAUGUUCUUCAUGUUAAUAAUAAAUGGUUCUUUUAAGAACUGUUCACUGAGAGGUUCUUUGGGGAACCAAAAAUGGUUUUUAAAUGCAAUCACUGUGAAAACCCCCCUUUUUAAGAGUGUACUGUAAUAUAGCAAAAUAUUUGCAAUUUAUUUGUGCAUCAGUGGAGAAACACGAUUUUGCCCCAUAAUGGUGUUGGUACAGUAUCUACUGUACCUACAUGGAAAGUCAUCCAAAAAAGACUGAAUUCUGGAUAAUGUGAAACAUAUUUGUCUAAUACUUCUUGCUCUUUUUUUUAUCUAAUAACAGCAGCUGUACGUUUAGACUGAUUUUGAAACAACCAGAGAACGAGUCUUCAUUUGGUAUUCUUUGUGUGUG